GAGCAGGACCAAGCUCACAAAAUGGGCAGAAGAAAUGACCAUCCAUAUGGCAACUAUUUCAGAGGGAGAGGACACACCUAUUUUGCAGCAGAAGAAGCUCUGGGCAUUGGACUUUUCAUUUUGGUGCUGGCAGCUUUGCUGGCCUUUGGCUGCUGGUAUUACAAAAGACGGAGUGGCUAUAAAAGUCUGCGGAGCAAAAGCUCUAGUGUGAGCACAGCACGAAAUGUGGUAGGUGAGGGAGCAACACUGGACUGCAAAAUGACUCUGCAGGACUACAGAAACUUUAAUUCUGUGGUACCUGAUGCUCCACCAGCUUAUGACAAAAUUGCUGCAGAUCAGUCACCACCACCUUAUUCACCAUGAUAACAUGAAAUUUUAAACUCUUCAUGCUCUCUCUUAUUUCCCGUACAUGCUUAACUUUCUUAUAGCUAAAAUCAUAAAAAAAGGAAAUCACAUGCUUUCAUUAGGAGUUGCUGAAACUGCUUAGUUACAGACCUGGUUUUUGAAAUGCCUCAAUAAAUCUGAAUGUGCUUUUGGUUUAAGCUUUUCAUUUCUUGUGAUCAGAUUAAUACGCCAUGCUCUGGGCAUCUUAAAUCCUUCAUAGAUCUACCAAGUACAUAUUAUUCAGUAUCAAUCAAGAGUAAAAAGCGCUGGCGCCUUUAUUUUCAUCUUUCUCAUUUAGUCUC